UAAAUAAUAAUAAAUUCCAAAAGUUGUCAAAUUUACCAAUUCUAGUCCCAAUUUAACCUAAAUUUACCAUUCCAGUCACCAAUCCCUCAUCACUCUUUCCCUUUUACCCCCUAAAAUAGUUUUCUCAGAUAUCCCUAAAUUCUCUUCUCCCUUCUCCGUCUUCCCUAAAUUUCUCUUUCGAAAACCAACACUAAACACACCAAAAAGCUCGAAUCUUUUUUUGCUAAUUAUCACCAUCAUUAUUGCAAGAUUAUUACCCAUGUUCCAUUUUUUUGGAUGAUGCUUUCUUUUUACAGUUGCAGUGGCAGGAGCUUUGCAGUUCUUGAUAAUAUUUCAAAGCAAAAACCCCAGCUUUCUUCUUCAAACUUGUUCUGUAAAGGGUUCUUUUUCUUCAAUGCAACCCCACGAUCUCUACCUGUAAACCCUUCAUAGACAAUCCCUUCUCCGAUCCCCUCAUUAUCAUGUCCGACCCACAACCCUCUUCUUCUUCUUCUCCGAUCCAACACGAAACUAACCACACCCACAACGAAAACUCUCAAAACAAAGCUUCCCAUUCACCGGAGAAGAAAAGUUCACAGAAUAACUUUAACAGUAAUAGUAAUGCUAAUAAUAGUAGUAGUAAUAUAGUUAGGAGAGAGAGGCCGGCGAGGGAGUGUACCAAAAGGGCUGCGGCGAGGUUACAGGCAGCAGCAGCAGCCGAGGCGGAGGCUGUUUCUAAGGUCAGGAAGAAAAAGACUGCAGGUAGGAAAGAAAGGCUAGCGGCUAGGUUGUUGAGGGAGGAGGAGGAUGAAGAGAAGUCCCAAGAAGGUGAUGAUGAGGAGGAGGUAGAGGAAGGUGAAAACGGGUCGCCUUCUUCGCGGCAACAAUGUGGCAAGAUUGUCACACAGCUUAUGGGAGAGCCCGAACCAUCGCAGUUGCCUCGGUGGAAUAUACGGUCCAUGUGGCAGUUAGCUUCCAUAUUGAAUUUCUUGAAUGUUUUUAGGCCUUUGUUGAAUAUUAGAGUGGAGUUUUCAGCUGAGGAAUUUGAAACAGCAUUGAUUACUCCGAAUGAUACACUUGGUGAUAUACAUAUGCCAUUGCUAAAGGCAAUCCCACCGGUUACUCGAAUGGCACUUGGACGCAAUACAUGGAUUACUGUUUUGUGCAGGAAAUUAAGAGAUUGGUGGCAUUGGGUUGCAGAGGGGGAACUACCUAUAGUUGCAGCACAAGGGGCUGAAAUUGAAGCAUAUAGUGCACUAGAUCCUGCAGUCCGCGUGGUGAUUUUGAAAGCAUUGUGUGAUAUUCGUGUUGAGCAAGAAGAUAUUCGUAACUACAUUGACGAAAACUUGAAACAAGGUGUUCAUCUAUCACUAUUCCGAAAAGAACGUAUUGGUGGUGAUUCUCAUGGAAUUUCUUACUGGUAUGAGAAUGAUCCCAUAAUUGGGCAUCGACUGUACCGAGAGAUUAGAAAGAUCGAAAUCAAGAAAGGAAAGGGAAAGACUGUACCGCAAAUACCUAGCUCAUGUUAUCAGUGGGAAACUGUUGCAACUAACUUGGACGAAUUCCAGGAUGUUUCUGAGAAGCUGUUCUCGAGUAAAAAUAGAACAGAGGCUUCUGUUGGAAAGAAGUUGAAAAAUGACAUGCUUGCUGAGGUUGAGAGGGUCCACAAGAGAAAAGAGAAAUUGCUGAAGAAACAACAUAGACAGGCAUUGAUGCUUGAUAACAUGCUAAAUAUGGAUGGUCUUUCUGGUGGACGCUCCUUGCGGGAUAGGAAGCCUGUGACCUACACAUUUGAUGAUUAUGAUCGGUCAAUUAAUGAGGCUAUCAAGAUAACCAAGAAUGGUCAACCAUCUGCAGAACCUACUUUGAGGAGAGAUCCUGCUACAAGGAAUGAAACUUCUACAAAUGGUAGAUUGGGUAGUCCUCCACACUUGUCACAACACGUGUCUUUCAGAGUGCGUUCUCCUAAAUCACCCGAAUACGAUGAAUAUGACGAAGACCAUCAUGAUGAACAAUUAGAUCGAAGCAACCGUAGGAGGCAGAGACCCCAACGCUAUUCUGCAUCAGAGUUUAUUGAAGAAUUAUCUGAAAACGAGGCAGAUUUUGACAGUGAUGAUGAUAUAAUGGGUGAAGCAGUUUAUGAUGAAGAAUAUUUAAGGAAACGGAAACAGCGGAAGAUAUCAAGUAGCUCGGAAGGAGAUGAUGAGUACCAUUGGGAUGAAGAAAAUCCUGAAGAUGAAGAAGAGGAAUAUGAAGAUGAAGAUUCCCCAAGUGCUAGUGAGGAGAGCGAUGAACCUCGGAGUCGGAGAUUUAAGAAACUGCCAGGCCGCACAAGAAGAGAAACCAAGUUGAGGUCAGUGGGCAACCUUCAGUCAGGUUUAAGACGCAGUAACAGGGCAACCAGAAACCGCAUCAACUAUAGCAAUUUAGAGAUGUCAGAAUCAGAGACCGAGUCAAUGAAACCUGAGAAGUCAAAUGGAUCCGAAGAGCAUUAUGAUGCAAGUGACAAUGCAGAGUUCUCAAUGGGAAGUGAUGACACAGAGGAAAACAAUGAUGAGGAGACGAAAGUUGAGCAACCGGUUGAUGAUGUGCCUUCUGAGAUGGCAACAGUUGAUCAAAAUGAUGUACCAAAGAGAACAAGCAGUCCAGAUCAAGACCAAGAUGAUGUUGAAAGUGGAGGGAAAAGGCGCUUUCUUGAUCUCAAUGAGCUUGCCCCGGGUCCUGGAUUCGAUGAUGGUCCUAAUUCAGUGAUGAAAGAUGAAGGUGCAGAUGACUUCUGAUGUCUUACCCUGAGAUCUGUUGCUUGUAGUUUGGUGUUGCAAGCUGAUAGUUAACUCUGAAUCCAAUCCAUGAUGGAAGCAAAGGAGUUGUGUUUCCCGUGGAAAAUUUUGGCAACUGUGAUGCAGUUUGUUUAUCCAAAGUGGGGCUAAUCAGAAGUGAGAAAAUUAUGUAGAUUGAGUAGUCAUUUUUUUUGGCAUUUCUACAUUCACCUAUGAGAAAUGGUGGGGGAAAUUCGAUGAGAGUUUUCUUUCUUGUUCGCUGUACAAUAACAUUAUAACUAAUAUUGUAACAGAAAUAUCACUUUUAGAUGCUUAGAACCAUUAAUUUAGUUAGAUGCUUGGUGUCAUUUUCCUGUA